AUGAAACUUGCUGCCUCUUUGCAAGGCUUCUCUUAUCCUUCUUCCUCGCAUGCUUCCUCUAUCUACUUGGAUGUUCGCAGACCGCUUACUUCUGCUACCACUCCCUCGAAAAUGACGGCUUUUAGUGCUCUGUCUCUUUGCCCUUACACUUUCACCUUCCGGCAAAGCUCUCGAAUUAGGCCUACCGUUUCCUGUUCCGUCACUUCUCCUCCUGCCUCUGGUACAUCAUCUUCCUCUAAGACACCUCGCAGAAGAUCAGGUCGCCUAGAAGGAGCUGGAAAAAGCAUGGAGGAUUCUGUAAAACGUAAAAUGGAGCAGUUUUAUGAAGGAACCGAUGGACCGCCUCUCCGUGUCCUGCCCAUUGGUGGCCUCGGUGAAAUUGGAAUGAACUGUAUGCUUGUUGGAAACUAUGAUCGUUACAUCUUAAUAGACGCCGGUGUAAUGUUCCCUGAUUAUGAUGAGCCUGGGGUCCAAAAGAUUAUGCCAGACACGGGAUUUAUCAGACGAUGGAAACACAAAAUUGAAGCUGUUGUUAUAACGCAUGGUCAUGAAGAUCACAUUGGUGCGUUGCCUUGGGUUAUCCCAGCAUUGGACUCUAAUACACCGAUAUUCGCAUCAUCCUUCACCAUGGAGCUUAUAAAGAAGCGCUUGAAGGAGCACGGGAUCUUCGUUCAGUCUAGACUUAAGACAUUUAGCACUCGAAGGAGAUUCAUGGCUGGACCAUUUGAAAUAGAGCCCAUUACGGUGACCCAUUCUAUUCCUGAUUGUAGCGGUUUAGUCCUCCGUUGCGCUGAUGGCAAUAUUCUUCACACUGGAGAUUGGAAGAUUGAUGAAGCACCAUUGGAUGGAAAAGUCUUUGAUCGUGAAGCUUUAGAGGAACUCUCAAAGGAAGGAGUCACGCUGAUGAUGAGUGACUCAACAAAUGUAUUGUCACCGGGAAGGACAACUAGUGAAAAGGUGGUAGCAGAUGCUCUGGCAAGGAAUGUAAUGGCGGCCAAGGGAAGAGUCAUCACAACUCAGUUUGCCUCCAAUAUACACCGUCUGGGAAGUAUUAAAGCUGCUGCCGAUUUAACUGGUCGAAAAUUGGUAUUUGUUGGCAUGUCCCUGAGGACAUAUCUAGAAGCAGCUUGGAAGGAUGGGAAGGCUCCCAUUGACCCGUCAAGUCUGGUGAAAGUGGAAGACAUUGAAGCAUAUGCUCCUAAGGACUUGCUGAUUGUCACGACUGGAUCACAAGCAGAACCACGUGCCGCCCUGAAUCUUGCAUCAUAUGGAAGUAGUCACGCGUUCAAACUGACCAAGGAAGACAUAAUUCUUUACUCAGCCAAGGUAAUCCCAGGCAAUGAAUCACGAGUAAUGAAAAUGAUGAAUCGGAUAGCAGAUAUCGGGCCAAAUAUUAUCAUGGGUAAAAAUGAAAUGCUGCACACAUCUGGCCAUGCCUACCGUGGAGAAUUGGAAGAGGUUCUUAAAAUAGUGAAACCGCAGCAUUUUCUACCCAUUCAUGGAGAACUCUUGUUUCUUAAGGAGCAUGAGUUGCUCGGGAAGUCUACUGGGAUUCGACACACUACUGUUAUAAAGAACGGAGAGAUGCUUGGAGUUUCUCACUUGAGAAAUAGAAGGGUUUUGUCCAAUGGAUUUAGCUCUCUUGGGAGGGAGAAUUUGCAGUUAAUGUAUAGCGAUGGUGAUAAAGCAUUUGGCACAUCAAGUGAACUCUGCAUUGAUGAGAGACUCAGAAUUGCGUCUGAUGGCAUUAUAGUUCUGAGCAUGGAAAUCAUGCGGCCGGGCGUCUCGGAAAACGCUUUGAAAGGAAAAAUAAGGAUCACGACGCGGUGUAUGUGGCUUGACAAAGGAAGACUUUUAGAUGCACUUCACAAAGCAGCACAUGCUGCUCUAUCAAGCUGUCCUGUGAACUGUCCCUUGUCUCACAUGGAAAGAACAGUCUCCGAAGUCCUGAGGAAGAUUGUGAGGAAGUACAGUGGUAAAAGGCCUGAAGUCAUUGCCAUAGCCACUGAAAAUCCCAUGGCGGUACGUGCGGAUGAGGUCAGCGCGAGGCUGUCCGGUGAUCCAAGUCUUGGCUCUGGAGUUGCAGCUUUAAGGAGAGUUGUGGAAGGAAACAACAAAAGAAAUCGACCGAAGAAAGAACCUUCACAAGAAGAUCCCCCAAAAGAAGUAGAUCGCUCUUUGGAAGAUGAUCUUCUGGAUAGUGCAAGACUACUGGCUGGUGAAGAAACUUCGGCUUCUUCAUACACAGAAGAUGCUGAUGACGUGCCUGUUCGGAGUUCUUCAGAAGAAUCGGAUGAUUUUUGGAAAUCAUUCAUCAAUCCAUCAUCGGCGGCACCUUCACCUGGUGAGACCGAGAACCUGAAUAAGGUAAACGAUGCAGAGCCUGAAACAGAAGAUGAUCCAUCUGAUGCUCAAACCAAGUCAGCACCAAAACGUGUGAGGAGGAACAAGUGGAAACCUGAGGAAGUGAAGAAGGUGAUCAGAAUGCGUGGAGAGCUGCACAGCAGGUUUCAGGUGGUGAAAGGUAGAAUGGCUUUGUGGGAAGAGAUCUCUUCGAAUCUAUCGGCUGAAGGAAUCAAUCGAAGCCCAGGACAGUGCAAAUCUCUGUGGGCGUCUCUUAUUCAGAAAUACGAGGAGUGCAAGGCUGAUGAAAGAAGCAAGACGAGCUGGUCACAUUUUGAGGACAUGAACAACAUUUUGUCUGAGAUAGACACAGCUGCAUCUAAGUAA